AUGGUAGCAGAUGAUGAUCCCCCAGCAAAUGUCUCCCUUAUCAGAUAUGUCUAUCAUGAUCGACUUCAACCCCUAAAGCCCCGACGCCUCUCAACCGACAAACGUGUUGUUGGAGCUGGUCAAAUCCGACACGGACGGACUACCGCCGAACCCGCUGUCAUGACUCCCCGACCGGCCCCCCCGGCCCCCCCUCCCCCUUGUCUCGAGGCCGACGGUGGCUCCCGUUCCGCUGACGCUGCUACUCUCGACCCCGACUCCAACUCCAACUCCGACUCCGCCGCCGACGCCCCGCGCCGCCUGCCAGGUUCUCAUCUCCAGGUCCAGCCGCGCCUCGUGAUCCUGCCUCUCCCUCUCCUCCCUCAGCCGCUGGCCCAGCGUCUCCUCGGCCUGGCUGAUGUACGAAAACCGCUGCGGUCGGGCCCGCUGCUGCGGCUGCGGCUGCGUCUGCACGGGCGACGGCAUGGACCGCCGCUCGCCUGCCGGGUAGAGACUCCACGCGGCGGCGCUCUCGCGAGCAAUCAUGGCCGUGUGCGAGGCGCAGCACACCGAGGCGGCGUUGGUGCCGUCACUUACACCUCUACCUCCAAUCAUACCGCGCGGGGCCGGGCAUCCCGGGACGGCGCACGCGUGGGCGGUUUCGCAGUAGUUUCCGUUCGGCCGAGCCGGGCCGUGACACCCCGCGGUGUGGCACUCGUGAGUCGAGCAGAACUGGCUCCCGGAGACGACCAAGGGAUCGGCGGCGCGAGGGGAUGGGCACGAGGUGUGGAGACAAGCGUGCAGAGCGCAGUGGCGGCUCGCGGGCUUGGACGGGUGGGUGCAGGCGGCGCUGGCGCACUUGUGGGUGACGCAGUAUCGGGCUGCCGACGGGUUCGCGAGGUCUGCGGUCGGUUGGGGACAAGACUUGCUGUUGCAGGUGUCUUUGGCGUGGGGCGGUUGGCUGUGUUAGCCUCCGUUGAUCGUGUUGGCACAGCCUGGAGAGAGACAGGCAGUCGGCAGGUCUAA